AUGUUUCUCUUUCGAGCCGGACUGGCACAGCCCCGCCCAGACUCCAACGCAGCCAGCCCCUUCACACGGCCCAUCUCCACCACGACCACCACCAUCACUACCACUCCCACCACCACUACCGCCGCCACUGCCACCACGGACAACGCCGCGCCAUCGCCUGCAACAUCCGCCACCAUCCCAACGACCAUUGACUCGGCCGACCCAUCCCCCAGCGACGGCCCGGCACCUCACGCCUCAAGCGGCGACGGCAGCGACGGCGGCAACGACGACAACGACGACACCAGCGACAGCGACAGACACGACAGCAGCAACAGCAACUCUGCCCGCUCGCAGCAGCCCUCACCCCUCCCGGAGCCAACAAAGGAGCGAAGGGCAUCAACCGCUGCGUCUGCCUCCGCUUCGGCCGGUACCAAGCCCCUGCGCCAGGGCUCGUCGCUCGGCAUCAUCGCAGCGGCCCGCUCCGCCUUUCCGGCAAAGAUGAGCGCCGCCCAACCACCCAUCCCAGAGAGCGAGAGCACAUCCUCGAUGCUCAGCUCCGCCUCCAACGACACUCCCACGCCAACCACCAGCGCACCCGCCACGCCAAAGAAGCGCAGCAGCAGUUCCGCCACCACCCCCAAAAAGGCCAAGCUCUCAAUCAGCGCAAAGUCGACCCCUCGCAAGGUAUUCAGCCUCAAGCCCUCGUCGUCCAGCCUCGGCGACUUGGACCGCGCACCCCCCCGCCAGAAUGUUGUCGUCUGCGUCCGCAUGAGGCCAUCCAAGGAGGCGGACCCCGCCGACCAAACUGAGCCCAUCUGGUCCCUCGACCAGCAGCAGAAUCAGAUCGUCCCCACCGAGCACCACCCGUCCCUCUCCAAACGCGCCGGCUCCUCUUCGGCCAACGCGGCCCUGCCCGCGACCGCUUCGACGACCGACCUCGGCGACGAUAACCCCUCAUCGUCGACCUACAAGUUCCAGUUUGACAAGCUGCUGCUUGGCGACGACACCACCGACGACAUGUACGACUCACAGAUCGCCCCGGUGGUCAAGGCCGCCAUGGACGGCUACAAUGGCACCGUGUUCGCCUACGGCCAGACAGGAAGCGGGAAAACGCACACCAUGAGCGGGACCGACGCCGAGCCGGGCGUCAUCCCGCGGGCGGUGCAGCAGGUCUUCAAGACGAUCGAGCAGGAGCCCGGCCGCGAGUUCUUGCUCCGGGUCAGCUACCUCGAGAUCUACAACGAGACUCUCAAAGAUCUCCUUGCCCCGCUCGGAGCCGCCGGCGGCGUGACCGAGGGGAUGCGUCCGGCAUCGCCCACCAAGGGAGGCUCGACGCAUUCGGCGGGCAGCUCGCAGUCGUCGUCCCUGCGCAUCGUCGAGGACCAAAAGUCGAGCCGCGUAGUCAUCACGGGCCUGCGCGAAGAGAUCGUCACCGACCCCACCACUGUCCUCGACCUCAUCCAGAAGGGCCAGGAGGCAAGGCACGUCGGUGCCACUGACUGGAACGAGAGGAGCUCGCGCAGCCACUGCGUGUUCCAGGUCACAAUCGAGAGCCGCGCAAAGGCCGAGGGAGGAGCCAGCGAGGGCAAGAAGGGCGGCGCCGAGGUCCGAGUCAGCCAGCUCAAUUUGAUCGACCUCGCGGGCUCCGAACGGGCUGCGAGCCAGGUAGAGAGGAGGAAAGAGGGCGCCUUCAUCAACAAGUCGCUCCUCACCCUGGGGACCGUCAUCGCCAAGCUUACCGAGCCGACUGCGCUCGGCGCCUCGUCGAGCGAUCUGCACAUCCCCUACCGCGAUUCCAAGCUGACCCGCAUCCUCCAGACGUCGCUCUCGGGCAAUGCCAGGAUCGCCGUCAUCUGCACGCUGAGCCCGGACGUCAAGCACGCGGUCGAGACGCUGUCGACGCUCAAGUUUGGCAAGCGCUGCAAGAUGGUCGUCACCAGCGCCAAGAAGGGCACCAGCAUGGACGACAAGGCGCUGCUGCAAAAGUACCGCAAGGAGCUCGAUGCGCUUCGGGCGAAGCUCGAGGCCGGAACGCCCGCGAUCAAGGCGCCAGCCGAGGCGGACGAGGAUGCGCUCGCGUCGUCGAGAGAGUCGAGGCAGAAGCUCGAUGCGCUCAACGAGGAGCGUGAGCGGGCGCAGAAGGAGGUGAUGGAGAUGGAAAAGAAGCGCGGCGACCUGCGCGGCCAGAUCGACCACCUCACCCGCCUCAUCCUCACCAGCCAGAGCGUGGCCCAAGAGCGCAGGGAGAGCGACGCCGCGGCGGGGACCAAUGCCGACGGCACACCGCGGAAGCGCAACUUCAGCGGCAUGGAGAGGCGCGGACCCCGCCUGAGCGAUAUCCACUCGUUCUCGGGUCGCGCCCUGAUUUCGCAGAGCCCCUCGCUCGACGUGCUCUCCUCGACGCCGACCCUGAGCGGCAGCAAGCCGUUUGAGCUCGAGGCCGAGCUGGCUGCGCUUCGCAAGCAGCUGCAGCAGCAGAUCGAGUCUCGCCAGGCGCUCGUCGCCGCCCACCAGGCCGAGCUGACCUCGAGGGAUGCCAAGGAGAAGGAACUCGAGGAGGUGAUCCGCAUGAACGAGGAGGAGCUCGACGAGGCCGAGCUGGCCUUCGACCGGCUCAAGGCCGACCGCGACGAGGCGCGCAAGGUCGCUCUCAAGGAGCAGGAGCUGGCACGCGAGCACAAGCGGGCGUGGCUCGAGGAGCAGGAAGCCAACCGCCUGCUCAAGCUUGUCGCCCAAAGUCGUGGCGCCGACGCCGACGACGGCUGGAAGCAGCAGAUCGAGGCUCUCAACGCGCGGCUGGAGCAAAAGACGACAGAGACAGAGGAGCUUCGCACUGGCCUCGAGGCUGCCACUGCUGCGAAGGACGAAGAAAGAGCCGCUGCACAGCGUUUGCGGGAGGAAUUGCAGGCUCUCAAGGCCAAGACUGGCGACGAUGACCCCCAGGCCGAGUUCCAGGACCUCGUCAACGGCGGGCAGAGGACAAUAACCGAGUCGUUGCGCGAGAAGGAGGAGGCCCUGGCUGAACGCGAACGACACCUCGAAGAGGCCAGGCUGGAUCUCGAAAGGCAAAACGCCGAUCUCGAAGCGAAGCAAAGCUCAUCGCGCCCGCUGCCCGUCCCUCUGGGCGGUGCACCGCACGCGCAGCAGCUCGACGACCUCGAAGCGGCGCUCAGCAUCGCUCAGGCGCAGAACCAGGACCUCGCCGACCAGGUGUCGCAACUGCGAACGGCGCUCAGCGACGCCGAGGCGGCGCAGACGCGAUCCAGCCGCACCGAGUCCAAGCUGGCCGAAGUGCAGAUGGAGCUGGAGGGCAGCAAGAGCCAGGUGGCAAAGCUGCAGGCUCAGCUCGAGGCCGAGAGGGCCAAGCCUUCCGAGGCCUCGGCUCGCACCAGCAGGCCUCUGCCCGUCCCGAUAAUGUCGAGCCCGGCCGCCGGUGCUCGUUCGACGCCUUCCUCGCCGUUGAAGGGCUACGGCGUCUCGCGACUCCGCACCGGUAGCGACGCGGCGCUUCCUGGCGCCACCGGCCUCCAUCGGGGCGGCUCGGUGCGCGAGUACCGUCGGUACCAGCCAGCGUCGGAGGACGACGUCUUCACGGGCAACAGCGGAGCGCCGGCGGGCCACCGGUCCUCGGUGCUCGGCUACAAGGCCAUCUUCGACGGCAUGGACUCGGCCAAGUCGUCGUCUGCCUCUUCGUCGCACCACCGCGCCGAGCGCGAGGAGAUUGAGCGGCUCAACGCCGUCAUCCAGUCGCAGCGCGCCAUCAUGUCGGAUCUCGAGAAGAGCGUGGCCAGCUGGAAGAGCCGCCUCAAGGCGCAGGCGGACCUGAUCCACAAGCUGGCCUCCUCGAGCGGGGGCGCCGGCGGCGGCGGCGUUGUCGGCAGCGGUGGCUUCGCUAACAUCACGCCUCCGAUGCAGGACGGCGAGCUCCCUUCGCCCGUGCGGUCUCGACCGCUCGGCGAGGUGCAGCCGGUGGCUUCGCCGACGAAGUUUUCGACGCAGUUCGAGUCCAGUCGCUCGCGGUUCGCUGGGGGCGCGCCGUUUGACAGCCCCGAAUCGACCUCGUCGCCGCGCUACGGUGGCGGCGGCGGUGGCGGCCGCGACUACUCGACGCUCCCGCGCAGCGGCAAGGAUCAGCCGUACUAUGGCGCGCACACGUACAACCGCCCGCCCUCGACGAUUGGACUGGGCGUGAUGCCCGGCUCGCCAACUAAGGUUUCUUCGUCGUCGACGCCCGUUUCCAGCCUCUGGUCGCACCAGCAGCAGCCGAGCCCACUUCCGCCGCCGCCUUCGUCACCCUCGGCCGCCGCGAACCCCUCCGCGAGGGGAGCGGGUCGGAGGCGUAAGCCUCGGAUGACGAUCGAGAACGAGCUCCUCGCCCUCAAGGCUACGCCGCGAGUCGAGUCGAGCAGGACGAGGUUCCUCGUCGAUGAGAAGGACGAGGAGCCCGUCGGCCUGCGGGCCAAGACGAGCUCGGCCGCCUACUACAUCUGA